CUUCAGUCCAAUCUGCGACCUGGGGGCUUACUCUUCAAGCUAAUUUUAAUUCCAAUCCAAAACCAAUGCGAUUCCAAUGUCAAUUUUGCAGUCACGUGAUCCGGUACUCUUGAAUACAAUAUUGUCAGCAUUGGAUUGAAAUCGGGAUUGCCCCGAUAUUGUUUUGUUAGAAGUGAAGUUAGCUACGUUGCGGGCCGCUCGAGUGUUGUUCAAGUCUUGACGAUUAACCGGUAAUAGGUCUUUAAAAUGCUAUAUCUUUUUAAUAACAAAACUGAUUUAUAAUAUGUGAUAUAAAUAAUUGUUAAUUUAAAUAAUUUUAAUGUUUCCAAUGCAUUGGGUGUAAAAAAAAAUUAAAAUUAUUAAAUCAACCACGGCUUUGGCUGUAUGCGGAAGAAUCGUUGCCUACACUGUUUAAAAAAUGUCAAGUGGCGCGUAAAGUUACCAAAUUUUAAUUUGAUGUGGUUCUGAGAGUGGAGUGCGAGUUAGUUGGAACAUUAAAAUUGCAUUAAGUUCCUUUUAUUAUUAAAAUAAUUUGUGUCCGUUAAGUUACUUAAAUAGAUAAAAGUAAAGUUUUAAAGAAGUGGUAAGUAAACAUACAAUUUUACUGUAUUGCUGUAUAGAUAAACGUUUUUAAUGAUUCAUCAGUAAAAUAUUGUAAUUAUUACCUGUUACAUGGUUAAUAAAAGUAUUCCAAUUUAUUGCUAAAAUGACGAAUCGACCAACGUAUUCUCAAAUAGAAUGUUUGGUGGAAUUCCUGGAGCAAAAUCCAGGCAUAGCCAAAGGCUUGCUUCGGACCAGUCAAGCCAAAUUGGAAACGAAGCGAAAAUGGGCAAGCUUGGCAACCUCCUUGAAUUCUAUUGGAGGUGCUAAUAAAGAUGGUCAAGGCUGGGCUAAAUAUUGGGCUGAGAAGAAAUGUGGUUUGAAGAAACAGUGCGCACAACUCUCAUCUUCAAUGAGGCGCACUGGUGGUGGGACAGCAGACAACUUGCCAACAUUGUCUGCUCUAGAUAAAAGGUUGGUGGCAGUGAUGGGUGGACAAGAGUUUGCGACUGGCAACUCAAGCUUGGCAGUCAAUCCAUUUCCUGAAUUGCCGAGAUCUGUUGGUACAGAACCACAGGUUGUUGAAGAAGAGGUAAGCCACCAUGACGUCAUGGAAAUGCAGUUCGAGCAACCGGUGCAUGUUUCCCCUAUACUUGGCACAUCACAUAGUGAAAUAAUACCAGAAACCAUAAUACCUGUGACCACGCCACUACAGACUACGCCUCUGUUGAGUAACAAUCCUCCACGACGGCGACGCCGGUCUUUAACUCAGAGGCAGGAUACAGUGACGAUGGAACGGUUUGCCAUGAUGGAAGAGCGACGGAUUGAAGCCGAAACGACAACAGCCCAAGCAUUAGUUCAACUGUCACAACAAAUUGGCAAUAUUGCAAGGGCUUUAACAUCUAUAGCUACAGCAAUUUCAGACGUAGCCAGAAAAAUGCCAGAACCUUAAGAAAGGCAUCUUAACAAUUUUUUUUUCAGCAAAGACCUCCCUUAGAUUUUUUUUUAUGUAUUAAACCGUAAAAAUACUAGUUAAACAUCCUAGUUAAAUGAAGAUUCCCAAUAUGUUCGUAAUCAAGCAAAAUGUUCAUAAAAAAUAAACAAAAAGUUCUUCCUAAAACGCUGUCAGCUGUUGUCUCUAAAAUAAAUGUAUAAGGUAUAGAUUAGGUUAUAGUAGGUAAUUAAAAGAUUUAUUUUAUU